AUGGAGAUUUCUAACAGUAGCUGGUUCCAGCCACCUAGUCUUCUUCUAACAGGCAUCCCUGGGCUGGAAGACGUGCAGAUAUGGCUCUCUAUCCCACUAUGCGUCAUGUACUUAAUUGCCCUCCUCGGAAACUGCACCAUCCUCUUUGUUAUCAAAACCACCUCCAUCCUUCACGAGCCUCAAUACACCUUCCUGUCUAUGCUGGCAGCUACAGAUGUGGGUCUGUCUGUAUCAACUCUGCCUACAGUACUGAAUGUCUUCCUCCUGAACCACAGAGCAAUAGAGUUCCACGCUUGCUUGACACAGAUGUUCUUCAUCCAUACCUUCUCCUCCAUGGAGUCAGCCAUCCUACUGGCCAUGGCUUUUGACCGGUUUGUUGCUAUUCGCAGUCCAUUACACUAUACUGUAGUUUUAACCACACCUCGGAUUAUCAGGAUGGGUCUUGCUGCAGUUGUUAGGGGUGUCUUAUUAAUGAUGCCCUUGCCAAUCCUGCUCAAGAGGUUGGCCUUCUGUAAGGGGGUCGUGCUAUCCCAUUGCUACUGCUACCAUCCUGAUGUUAUGAAGCUGGCCUGUGGUCCCGUCAGAGUAAAUAUCCUCUAUGGAUUGUCUCUAGUUCUCUGUUCAUUUGGAGUUGACUCUGUAUUUAUUGUCAUCUCAUACGUCUUGAUUUUGAAAACAGUGCUGGGUAUUGCCUCAGGAGAGGGUCAACUCAAGGCACUCAACACCUGUGUCUCCCACAUAUUCACUGUCCUGAUAUUUUAUGUGCCACUCAUUGUCUUGGCCAUAAUUCACAGGUUUGGCACGUUUGCGUCUCCUCUUCUCCACGUCACCAUGGCCAAUCUUUUUCUCUUCUUGACUCCUGUCCUGAACCCUUUGGUUUACAGCCUAAAAACCAAACAGAUAAGGUCCGCAGUGGGCAAAGUAUUCAAAGAGAGGGGAAGCUCUCUCAGAUAG